AGCUGUGAAAUAAUCAUGAUCAUGAAAGCUGUGGCGUUGUUGAUGUGUUUGCUGGGCUCCUCGCUAGCUGCACCUGCCCCUGACAGCGGCAGCAAUGAGCAGGCAGUUGGUCAUGCUAACACAGCUCUCCAGUUGAUGGAACUCUACAGAAUGUUAGGACAGAUGCGGCAACAGGGUUUUGGUGCCGUUCCUACUGAUGCUCAGCUGCCUGCAGCACCUGUGGCACCCGCAGCACCAGCGCCUGUUGAUACCCAGCCUCAGGUUUCACCUCAAGCACCACAGCAGGGCUUUUUUUUCAACCCCGCUCUUUUCGCACCCCCAGGAGAUGGGUCAGAUGAGGAAGGAGCACCACAGUAUCGUGGGUUUUACCCUCCCUACGGCUACCAGCCUGCCCAGCCGGCUGCUCCAUUGAACUCAGAUGAGGCCGAAGGAGCGGAAGAAGCAGAGGCAGCGGAGGGUGCUGAGGCAGCCGAGGCCGGAGCCGAACCUGAACCUGCUGGAACCGCUUCACCUGUCGAUGCCACUGUCGCAAACGAGAUCCUACCCAUUGAUAUCGCUGUGGAUGUUCCCGUCGAACCUGCUCCCGAAGUCAUCGCUGCUGCCGUUGAUCCGGCUCUCAUCCCCGAGGCACCGGCAGUUGCUGUGGAAAUUGACACCACUUUGGUUGGGCCUGAUGUUGCUGCUGGUGCAGGGCAGAUGUUGGUGGCUGAGGCUCCUGAUGCAGCCCAGCCAGUGCAGUGAGAGAGAUGAUCACAAGCCCUGCCCCCCCCCGCAAGAUUCUAACCAAUCAGUCACAUCGCUGACUUUAAGACCACAUCUCUGUGGUGUGAACAUUGCCGGAACAAAAAUGUGGCACAUUCCUGUUGUGUGAAAAUGUUUCCUGGCAGAUUUAUAAUAACCUCAUUGUAAGAAUUGAGCCGACACUGCUGCAGACAGCGUUACUUGUUAUAUGUCUUCUCUUUCAGUUUCUUAAAAUAAAAUGUAUUUUGUGUACUGCAAUUAAAAACCUUUUUAAUCAACUGAAA